AGAAACGAAUGCACUUACUUGGAAACCCCCAACUUUUCCGAUUUGUCCAGUGACUCCAGUCACGUCCAGUCAUCCCUGAAAAUAAAUCUCAGCUGUUGCGUCAAUUUGUGUGCUUGUUUUUCUGCGCAUGCUCCACCCACACCAGCCCGAAAGAAAACGGGGCAUGUCUUACUUAGAUUAACAUAUUUUGUGGGAUACUAGCUUUUUUCUGAGUCGCAUUGGCUGUCAGGUACGUCUGAAAGUGACAAACUUUAAUAACUUGUGGAUACUGACUCGAGACGCUAACUUUUUUGAACGGUUAGUCCGGGAGGGACAAAUUUGUGCGUUGCAGUUAUAGACUGUAAGAGGUUGCAAUGAACUCAGGUUUAUAAUUUAGCUCAUUUCUUAUAUUUUGUCUUAAAGUUAAUUUAUUAAGUCUUUUUUUCAAAUCUCCAGGUUUGUUGCUUUCAGAGCGUGCUAUAUGUGGCUCAGGAAAAACACAUAAUUAAAAAAAAAAAAAAAAAAAAACUUUUUAAAAAUCAAAUUUAGCUGGAAUCGGCAACAAUAUGAAGACCGUUUUAAAGAUCAUUCUGUUUCUACUACCAGCAUACGGUGUGUUUAGUGCUGAAAGGAAUGUGUCUAUGUCAGUGAUGGAGGGAGAGACUGUGACUCUUCCACUGAACUAUAACACUACUGAUAUAAAGGAAAUCAGACGAUUGUUAUGGAGGUUUUUAAAAAAUCGAAAUUUACCAAUCGCUAAAAUCAGUGGAAAUGGAAUCACCUAUCCCCCCAAUGACACUGAGAUAUUCAGAGACAGACUGAAGCUGGACAAUCAGACCGGAUCUCUGACCAUUAUGAAGAUUAAAACCUCAGAUGCUGGACUUUAUAAAGCAGAGAUCAACUGGAAUAAUUUGAAUUCAUAUUUCUUCUUCAAUGUUACUGUCAAUGUUCCAGGUUUAUCUCCAGGUGAUGUGGCAGGAAUAUCUGUUUUAGUUCUGCUGGUGGUUGUAGGAGCAGCUGCUUUUGCUUUUUACCAUCGCCACAAAUUACCUGACAUACAAAGACGUUUUCUCUCUGAUGAUAAUCCGCUGUUUGGCUUCUUUAACACAAGACCAGAAUCAGAGAUGUAUCAAGCAGAGACCUCUGAACAGCAAAGUCUGAUGUAUGAAGAGAAGAUCGUGUCGGUGAAGGACGGAGGAUCUGUCACUCUAAGGCCUGAUGCUGUAAUUCAGAGAGACGAUCGGAUACUGUGGAUGUUUGGACCGCAAGAGACUCUUAUAGCUAAAGUAAAUGGAAAUACCAGAGAGAUCUACAUAGGUGAUGGUGCUGAUGGGAGAUUCACUGACAGGCUGAGGCUGGACUCUACAACUGGAUCAGUAACAAUAACAAACACAGCAAGCAAACAUGCUGGAGACUAUUACCUCAAGAUCAUCAGCAGCACUGGGACCUCAUGCCAAACAUUCAGACUAACUUUUACAUAUGAAGUGAAGAUGGUGUCUGGACAGGAGGGACAUCCUGUCACUCUAAAGCCUGAUGCUGUGAUUCAGAGAGACGAUCAGAUACUGUGGACAUUUGGACCGCAAGAGACUGUUCUUGCUGAAGUCAAUACCAGAGAGUGCUCCUCAUGUGAUGGUGUUGAUUGGAGAUUCAGAGACAGACUGAUGCUGGACUCGAUCAGUACGACUGGAUCAGUAACAAUAGCAAACACAGCAAGCGAACAUGUUGGAUCCUAUAAAUUAAAGAUCAUCAGCAGCACAGGGACCUCAUACCAAACAUUCAUUCUUACUCUAAAACAGAAUGUAAUAUCAGUCAUGGAGGGAGGCAUUGUCACUUUAGAGACUGAAACUGCAGUACAGAAAAAUGAUUUGAUCCUGUGGAUGUUUGGAGAUGAUAAUAGUCAGACACAGAUAGCUAAGAUAAAAAAGACCAGCGAGACGUUCGACGGUCCUGAUGCGAGAUUUAAAGACAGGCUGAAACUCGACAAGAAGACUGGAUCUUUGACCAUCACAAACAUCAAAGACAAUCACAGAGGACUGUACAAACUACAGAUCAGCAACCGCAGCAGGGCAACCACAAACAAGAGCUUCAGAGUGCUGGUAAACUUCAACAAAGUGUCAGUGACGGAGGGAGAUGCUGUCACUCUAAAGGUUGAUGCUCAAAUUGGUAAAAAAGAGCAGAUACAGUGGCUGUGUGGAGAAGAAGGCAUAGUUGAAAUCAUGGAAGGAGGCAGGGAGAUCCUUGCAUAUGAUACAGCUGAUGGGAGAUUCAAAGGCAGACUGAUGGUGGAUGACAAGACUGGAUCUCUGACCAUCAAGAACACCAGACCCGAACACACUGGAUUUUAUACACUAAAGAUCAACAGCAACAAAGAGUCAUCGGACAAACGGUACUUCGUUUUUGUCAGAGCGAGUAUGAUAUUAGAAAAGCAGGGAAAUUACAUCACUCUGAAUUUUCAAGAUGAAUUACAAAGAGAUGAUCUGAUCCUGUGGAUGUUUGGAGAUGAAGACAACCUCAUAGUUCAAAUGAAUGUAGAAACCAAAGAGAGCACAUUUACUAAAGCCGACGAGAGAUUCAGAAACAAACUGCUGCUGGACAAGAGGACUGGAUCUCUGACCAUCAGAAACAUCACUAGUGAACACUCUGGAGUUUAUAAACUACACAUCAUCAGUAGCAGUAGGACCUUUUACAGGAAAUUCAGAGUUUUUGUGUUUGGUGAAUCUGAUCCUAACACCGUAUGUGUGAUGGCGGGAGAAAGCUUAAUUUUGAUCACUAAUUUUAAUGUAGAGCAAGAUGACCAACUGCAGUGGACAUUUGAAGAUGUGAUGCUAGCAUCUGGAAAGAACGGAGACGUCAAUAAGACUUCAUACAGAGAUGAUGAGAGAUUCAGAGGCAGGCUGGAGCUGCACCAUCAAAGCGCAUCUCUGACCGUGAAAAAUACCAGAAGCAGCGACUCUGGAGUUUAUCAGCUGAACCUCUGGAAUGGAUACGGGAAGCACAUUUGCCUGGAUGUCAAUGUUAAUGUUUCUGUUGGGUGACUAAAAUCUGAGUAACAUUAAACUUAUACCCAAAGCUAUUAUUAGGUUUUUAAAAAUGCUAAAAUCUAAUUUUUCGAACAUAUAUGCUCAACUAAGGCUGUAAAAUGACAGUCUGCAUCUUAAUAAGGUCUGGAAGUUCGCUCUACAUUUGUGAUCCUGGCCCCAUACUUAUCAAGCUUCUUAAAAUCCUAAGUUUGAAAGUAAAUUUUAGGAUUUCUCGGCGUGUAAUUACAUUUUUUCAACAUUCUUUUUUAGUGAUCUUGUUUACUGAAUAGUGCUUCGCUGUGACCUUUGACAAAAGUGGUGUACCGGGAUAACCUUACACUU